AUGACUCGUUUUCCUGGACCAGUGCUUGCCAGAUGGACUGGAUGGUGGCUCAUAUGGCACGAGCUGAGUGGUAAUCGAGAGAAGGUCAUCGAUCAACUGCAUCGAACCUACGGACCAGUUGUGCAGAUAUCACCUAAACAGAUCUCUGUCAACAAUCAUGCUGGUUUUCAUGAGAUUUUCGCCAUGAAUCGACGCCUCGACCGUCCCCCUUUACUUCUUAUGCACAACUACGGCUCUGAGAAUAUGUUUUCGACCGUCGAUGGAAAUCUUCAUCAGCAAAGAAGACAACCCAUGAGGAACCUAUACGCCGUCCGAUCUAUCGAGUCCAGUGAUGUGCAACGUGUCUUUAAAUCUGCUCUUGAAGACUUCACUCAGUACAUAGACACCCACGUGACUCAGGAGAGAUCAAUCGACAUCUAUCUCUUGUUCCGAUAUUUGGGGUGUGAUAUCAUGAGUAGCAUUAUAUAUGGACCCAAGCACUCCCUUCGUCUCCUUCAUCAUGAACGCAACCGACAAGUAUUUGAGAAAGAUCUGAUAUGGAUUGACAAAAGGUUUAUGUGUCUGGCAACCUUAAUCAUUUUUCUGUUUCCGCGUCUAUCAGUCAUUCUACGAAGAAUUGGCUUGAUGCAAAAAUCAUUCGACGAAUCUCUCCCUGGUAAUUCAAAACUCAAGUGGACCGCAAGAGAAGCCAUGCAGGAUUGUCACCUUAAACAGACAUCGCCAGAGGGUCACCAGCUCGAAAGCCACGUGGAGAAGCUUUCAGCUCAUUACCAGCGUUUUGGAAAAUCCCAGGCCAUUCCAGAUGAAAAUUACAUCCUAAGUGACUCUCUUGAUCAUUUCACUGCAGCCUUGGAAGUGUACAACGAGGGUGGGCUGACACGGACUUCAGGAUUUUCCACGACCGCUGAUGCCCUUUCAGCGAUACUCUUCCAUCUAUCACAGCCAGCCAACUUUUCUCGGCAAGAGCGCCUCCGUACUGAGCUCAGGGAACACGCCAUCAGCAAUGACUCAAAUAUUACCGUGGAGCAAACAAAGAAGGUUGGCUUUCUCGAAUGCAUUAUCAAGGAGACGCUCCGUACGAAUCCACCCAUGCCAGUUUCUCUUGAGAGGACUGUACCUCUGAACCAUAGUAUUGAGAUUCAUGAAGGAACAAUCCAUGGUGGUACGCAAGUUGGUGCUCAAGCUUUCUCUAUCCAUCGCAACGAGACAGCAUUCCCCGAUCCGGAAGUUUGGAGACCUGAAAGGUGGGAUAUCCCGCAUAGUUCAGCAGCUUAUACUCUCAUGAGACGCCAUUUCUUCGCAUUUGGCGCUGGUCCCCGGAUGUGCAUCGGCAUGAACAUUGCCAUGACUCAAUUACGGCGUACUUUAGCAUUGGUCUACUCCCGAUAUCAGACAAGCCUCGGCCCUGAAUGGUUUGACAAAAGCGGAAAACUGAUCGACUUUGAGGAAAUGAGGAAAGUUGUUUUGCUUUCCGAUAAAUCGAACCAGAUGGUGCAAUUUGAGAAAGCCCAACCGUGA